AUGUCCUAUCCGUUAGCGCCGAGCGUAGAGAAUAAGUUGAACGAUCUGAAUAAGAAAAUUGCAGAGAUCAAGAAGAAGAUCCAGCUAUCAGAGGGACAAAGGAAAGCGAAUUUCGAAGAGUACGAAGCCAAAAGACAUGAACAAGCGGAGAAAAUCGCAAUUCUCAAGCAGACUGUCAAGGAGCUGUACACGGAGUACGCGAAAACGAAAAACAACGAGGGAAAACCGGAGAAGAGAAUUCACAUGAGUCGGGAGUCCUCGGCUUCUGGGAAAAGACGUAAUUUAAGCGAGACAAUUGCUAAAGUGCAAGAAGACAAUGUACGCUUAAGAAAGAAGCACGAUCUAAUUAAGUAUCAGCGCGAGAAGCGACAACAGAAAUUAAGAUCGCUGCUGGAGGAAUACGGCCAAUUAGCGAAUGGUAAAGAGCAGAAAGUGUUCAAGAAGAAGAUGGAAACCCCAGUGAGACAUAAAAUCGUGAAGCUCGAGGUACGCCUGGAACACAUUAGAAUGAUGCAAAUAAAGGCAAAUUUAACGCGAAUGAAAUACAGAUCCACGCGUUCCGAAUUGAAAGAGAAGUCCGUGAUGUACGCGUCUUCAUUGAAAAGCCUGGAGGAUGAGAUAAGGGAGCAAGAGCAAGAAGUGAAACGUCUACAGACCGCGAGGGAAGAAGCUAUUCAGUUGAGAGAUAACUCGCAAGAGACGUUGAUUAAAGAAGAAAUCGAAGUUACGAACUGCAGCAAAGAACGAAACGCCGUGCUCGAGGACUACAGCCGUGUGCAGACCACAGAGGACAUUACCAAGGACGAGGUGACACGACUCGAGGAGGCGUUCGCCAAGCUUCGCAGCGCCACCGGAGUGUCUAGGUCCGAGGACGUUCUGAACCGGUUUCUGGGUCAGCGGGCGACCAAGAAUAAUCUGCAGAAAAUGCGGGUGGCCACGGAGCAGGAGAAAAUGACCUUAGAAAAGCAGAGGCAGGAAUAUAUCGCCGAGAUGGAGACCAGAAAGUUCUCUGAAACGAAGAACGCGGAACAAAACGCGGAAGAAGUGGAACGACUCAACUGCCAAAUCGACGAGCAACGUUCGCGCCAAACGAAAGUAGAAAAAGAACGUCAAAGGGUCGAGGAUCUUCUGGAACUCAUAACUACGACAUUGUGGAACUUGUGCAAUAAAUUUCGGGAUAUACUUGACACGCUGCCCGAAGAUCAGAAUGAAAUCCAGAAUCCUUUAGAUCUCAUAGAGUUAGUGGACGAGAAAGUAAACGUCGCGAUUGAAAUUCUAGGCGGGCCGGAUAAAUAUCUAGAAACAUUGAACGAAGCAACAACUGAUAAGCUGGAGACAGCAUCGACUGCAACUACCUCGGGGGAAGGAAAAGCAACACGUACAAACGGUGGACAACUUUUUCCGCGAUUCCCAUUAUCAGCUACGCCAGUGACGGUACCGUCCGAAGACGAAGAGGAUGUGCCAACUAGAAAUGUUCUCAAGAAACAGGCGCAGCAGAUGUUUGACAUUAAAAGUCGUCGAAAAGGAUUUACCUUCAGAAGAUGA